UCGGCAGCCUUUCGUUUGUAAGAGCAGUUUCUUGUGAGAGAACAUUCAUCAAAUGCUCUAUAUGGUCUAUGGCAAGAAGAAGGAUGUUCAGGCGAGGAAGCUUCGUGUCUGGAGUUGGUUGCCAUGACGAUCACGUUGCUGCCAAACAAAGAUGGCGGACAGUGUUCGUGUUGAACACACUGCAAAAAGACCAGUUGGUGGAGGAAUKAACGCGGGUAAACUUCACAAAGGUCAUGGUAAAACUGCCGCUUCAGCAUCAAUACCUAGCAAGUAYCAAACCAUAGUAACUAAUAACUCAGAAAGGAAGGGAUUUCUUUCUCGGACUAAACGAUUUGAUGGCGAUUUUGGGAACUACAACCCAGGCCCAGGGCARUAUGGUCAGAUGUCAACCACAGAAACAGAAAGCUCAUCUUUCUCCAAAAAGGGAACUGGAGGGUUUGCAUCUAAGUGUAAAAGAUUUCCAAGACAUCAAAUACAAGGGGAGUCUGGUCCUGGACCUGGAGAGUAUGAGGCAUUUUCACCUAAAGGAAGCAACUUUAACAGGUCUGGUGUGACUAGUGUGUUUCAUCUUCCUAUUGCUAUCAAGAGAGAAGACAAGAAAAAUGCUUUACCAGCACCUAAUCAAUAUAAUAUUGGUAGAUUGACAGGAAGGGUUGUGCAUGACAACAAUGUGGCAGCUUCUGCAGCCUUUAAAUCAAGCUCAAAGAGAAGUCUUAAUAUUCAAAAUAUGAGCCAAGGACCUUCACCAUGUCGCUACAACAUCARUGAUAAACUUGUGAGUGAUUCGCCCAAGACAGUCUCAGCACCCUUCAAAUCUACAGUAGAAAGAAAAAUGAUGAGAUCACCCUUACCAAUCCCUGGACCAGGAUCAUACAAUCCGGCAAAAAAUGAUUUGAAUCCMAAAAUACCAAGAGGAUUUUUAAACAAACAUUAUUUAUGCAUCUCGGCACCAGCAAUGCCACUACCGUUACCAGACCCUACUCCAGGUCCUGGUCAUUACAAUAUUGUAGACUAUGAAGGUCAACCCAAGCACUUUAUGUCCAGUUCAGURUUUGUUUCGUCAACCAGUCGUUGGAUGGGUGGUGAUGGUCAGAAUGUUGGUACAAAUGAUGACAUUCCUGGACCUGCAACCUACAGACCAAACCAACCUGGAAAACAAUCAUUUCUGUACAACUACAAUUCAAGAUGGGUGCCUGGGUGAAGAAUCAUAUACUGUAGCAGUUUUUAUAGGAAAUUUAAAAUUGUCAAAGAAUUGUACAAAAUAUCUGUAAAUAGUCUUAACAUUUCAAAUUAUUGUACAAAUAAAAAUAUUUUGAAAACU